AUGGCUGCUCUUCUUCUCAACGCUAAGAUCAUUGUACUUCUGCGCGAUCCCAUGCUACGGGCACACUCUUGGUAUCAGAAUUUCACCUUCACCGAGGUGCUGAAUGCCAGUAGUUCGGGUGAAGCCAUGGCUUUCGCCACUGUCGCGUCGUCGUCUUUUUGCAACGUCACAUAUCACGCGGCCCAGCUCUACUACCUGCAUCUAAAGUGUGUUGAGCUCAGCGUCUACGCAGAGCACUUUCGUCACUGGCUUCAUCACUACCGCGCUAAUAGUGUGAGCAUUGGGAUAAAAGUACGAGUAACGUUCAGGUCUAGGCGGGACCUUCACGUUCACAAAUGCGUGAAUUAA